GGCCCAGCAGGAACCGGAAGUGGUGGAUGACGGAGGACCCCCUCCCCCCGCUGUGGUUCUCAGGUACGCACGCGCACAGCCCGGGUGUCUUUCUGAUGACUGUCCACAACCUGUACUUGUUUGACCGAGAUGGGGUUUGCCUCCACUACAGCGAGUGGCACCGCAAGAAGCAGGCGGGGAUCCCCAAAGAGGAGGAGUACAAGCUGAUGUAUGGAAUGCUCUUCUCCAUCCGAUCUUUUGUCAGCAAGAUGUCACCCGUGGACAUGAAAGAUGGAUUCCUGUCCUUCCAGACAAGCCGCUACAAGCUCCAUUACUAUGAGACACCCACUGGGGUCAAGGUUGUAAUGAACACAGAUCUGGGUGUAGGACCCAUUCGGGAUGUCCUUCACCAUAUCUACAGUGGGCUGUACGUGGAGCUGGUGGUGAAGAACCCGCUGUGCCCCCUGGGGCAGACCGUACAAAGUGAACUCUUUCGCAGCCGGCUUGACGCCUACGUCCGAUCGCUGCCCUUCUUCUCCGCCCGCGCGGGCUGAGGACGGCGCUCCUCCGGAGCUACGGGUCUCCCCGUUCGCUUUCAUCCCCCGAGGAGCCUUCCAGGACUCCCCAGCGCCGCUCCAAGCGCUGCUCCCAAGUGGCUGCUUGAGGAACCCCGGGACCGAAUUCCCCUCCAGACUCGUCCAGCCCCGGUCGUCCUUUGCUCCUGAUACCCCGGUCCCACCUAGUCACCGCCUCCCUCCCUCCAGCCCCCUGUCUUGCCGCUGUGUUGAGAACGGAGAAUAAAACUUUGACCCGUCUGA